AUGAUGCCGCCGCAGCCGGGAGGACUGUAUCUUUAACAAGAUGGAGCACUUCGUUGCUAAGCAGAGGCUCUACUGGCGGUGUUGUUCAUCGAUUAUCGGUGCCCAGUCUUCAGUACUCUCACACAGGACAUUUUAUCUGCAUUCUCCUACUCUGGCCAGGAGAAAAGGAUGCGAGAAUGCAGAAGUGACAGAUGCCGCAGAAGUUUCUCCACUGAAGAGGACAAGGCCAGAUGCGGUGGCAGAGGAUGUGAAGAUACCGGUGCUGAAGUUCUCCAAGCUGUCUGAACAUGCCACUGCUCCUACCCGGGGCUCUGCUAAAGCUGCAGGCUACGACCUGUUCAGUGCCUAUGACUACAGUAUUGGUCCUAUGGACAAGGCCAUCGUGAAGACUGAUAUCCAGAUAGCUGUUCCCUCAGGCUGCUAUGGCAGAGUGGCACCACGGUCUGGGUUGGCUGCAAAACACUUCAUCGAUGUUGGGGCUGGAGUAGUGGAUGAGGACUACAGAGGGAAUGUGGGGGUGGUGUUGUUCAACUUCAGCAAGGAAACCUUUGAAGUGAAAAGGGGGGACCGUGUGGCUCAGCUGGUGUGUGAGAGGAUUUGCUACCCAGACCUACAGGAGCUAAAGACUCUGGAUGAGACAGAGCGUGGGUCUGGAGGAUUCGGCUCCACAGGCAGCAACUGAUACAUCAACAUUGUAAACCAGCCUAUUCGUUUUGUUCUGUUACAUGUUAUGAGAUUGUUCAAUAAUUACAUUGUUUAAUAAAGGUUAUUAUACCUUUGCUUCA